AUGGUACCUGCGUUCCACCAAAGCUGUAGCGAGGUUGUUGGCAAAUGGGACAAGUUAGUGUCGGAAAAAGGGUCCUCCUGUGAGGUGGACGUUUGGCCUUGGCUGGUUAUAUCCUCCAAUAACCCAGCUGACCGAGCCAUUCACAAAGAAAUUAAGCUAGGCGACCUAACACUACCAGGCGGUGUUGAGAUCAAUGUACCUAUUAUGCUAGUCCAACGCGACACAGAGCUAUGGGCCAACGCUGCAGCAGAAUUCAUGAGAGAUUCAAAGACGGUGUCCCAAAGGCACAAAGAGCCAAGUCUCCUUCUUUCCGUUUGCGUGGGAUUGAUUCAACAGAGAUUCUCCUUCGAGUUGUUUCCUUUCUAUGUUCAUGUGCCUGACCUAGUCUUCACCCUUCACCCACAGUUUGGUGCUCAUCUUAUCAUGCCCAAGCCCUACUCGUAUAAUGGAUAA